GAUUGCGAAGUUUCUCCCUCAUUAUCGUCAUCAUCAUCGUCGUCGUUAUCCACAUCUUCAACAGUGUCAGCUACAAAGCCGUCUGAUCAAACCAAUCAGUCGAAUAAAUCGUCCACUGGUUUUUCCUUCAAUCCAACCACAACGACCACAAAAAUCUCGUUUGGUGGUACAUCGUCACUGAAUGACUCGAAUAAAGAUAACACAGAGAGUGAAAGACGAGGUAAGAAACGGGCGAAGCGAGGCGGUCCGAACGAGAAAGAAUCUGAAGUCAUCAUAUCAUACCAGAGUCCCAAAACAGCGAUGCCAUUCUCGUUUGAUAAACAACCACAAUCAACAAACACUAAAACCACAUCUGCGUCUUCACUCAACUCGUCAACUCAGAACAUCUUCUCUCCCAAAUCGUUAUUCUCGUUUGGUGGUUCGGCGAAAGAUCAGCAGACCACGAAGUCAGACAACACGGUUGACGUGAAUAAGUCGCAAGGAGAUGCUGCAUCUGAAGAUAAGCCGAAGAAUGUCGUCUCCUCUCCAUUUUCGUUUCUCGGCGCUUCAGAUUCGAAAAUGUCCUCGUCGUCAACGACCACAAAUGCAACAACCUCAAUUUCGUUUGGUACUUCGAAAUCAUCGUCAUCAAAUGACAGUAAUACAUCAACUGCAAUAAAACCAUUAUUCACUUUUGGCAAAGCAGCUGAUAAUACUGAUAGCGGCAAAGCAGCUGAUAAGCUGCAAGCAUCAUCCACUUUCAAAACGCCAGUAUUCCCAUCGAUCGCCUCAGUAACAAAAGGAGAUACGUCAACAUCGUCCUCGUCAUCAUCCACUAUUAAACCAUUGUUCUCAUUCGGAACUCUCAACAAAGAUGCAUCAACUAAAGGCAUGUUCAUAACGACCAUCAUUCUAUAA